CAUUGAGAACCUAUUGGCACUCUCAACUUCUGUGGACACACAUUCAUCCAGUUGCGCCGCGCGCCGAUGUCUCUCAUUGGGUCCCCCGCUCCCCAAGCCGAAGAAGAAGAAGAAGCACGUAUAGCGACGGCUACCUUACUGGCUACACCUUUUUGGUAUGGAGUAAGGUACGGAGUACUUGGGCUUUCUUCACCUCACCUUGUCUCGUCGACCUUAUCCGCAUUACACUACUCCGUUCACUACACACCCAUCUCACCUCAGGUUGAUGAGAGAAUCCUCCUUCUCCUCAUACCUUACCUAUCCGAUCCAUACGGUACUCCUCCUCUGGCCUUCUCAUCCCAUCCCAUCUCAUCACACCAUUGCUUGUCUUGUCACAGAACCCCUCCCCCACCUCGACUACCUACGCAUCCGAACUUCCCCAGCCACCGUCGUCGGACUAGCCAGAGUAGUUGCCGCAACUUGGCCUUCUCCUCUCCUCGGUUGGUUGAGCUGUGUCAUCUUGUCUGGCCCGCUCCCUUGAGCCCUUUGCCCUCUUUGCCCUCUAUCCGUACAAACUACGAGUCUACGAAAUCUAUUUGCCUGGACUUGCCGCGCCUUGCCUCGCUCAAGCAGCAACAAGCCUUUGCAUCCUUUCCCACCCCUCCGGUGCGCCUCUCUCACUCACUUACUCACCCUCUUCGCGCCCUCCUCUUUGCCGCCUCGACCUGUAUCAAACAGCAGCCGCAGCCGCAGCACCAGCAACCCAGCACCAGCACCUCACUCCAGUUUCUCGAUACCCGCCGACGCCGAUGCCGACGCCGCCCUCGCCGCUGCCCAGAACGCGACGCCCUCUUCCCCUUCCCACAAAGUACCUCCCCUGUGCCUGUGCCUGUACCAGGAUCCACCCCACCACAAUCCAGAUCUCCGAAGCUUCUCUGCAAGCCCUGCCGCUACCGACCACGCCCACUCCCACGCAACCCUCAACUCGCUGAGACGAACUAGGAAGCUCUGCGCUGCAGCUGCUCGCCGUUUCGUUCAAAAUGUCAAUAAAGUACGUCCCUCCAUGUCCCUUUU